AUGCCAGGAAAAAUAAAGGUGAAGGUGCUGGCUGGCAGGAACCUGCCUGUGAUGGACAGAGCUGGUGAUACCACCGACGCUUUCGUCGAGAUCAAAUUUGGUGGCAUUACGCACAAGACUGAUGUUUGUCGAAAGUCUCUCAACCCGCAUUGGAACAACACUGAGUGGUAUAGGUUUGAGGUGGACGAGUCAGAACUGCAAGAUGAGCCUCUGCAGCUGCGUCUCAUGGACCACGAUACGUAUUCGGCGAAUGACGCCAUCGGAAAGGUGGUCAUCAGCUUAGCUCCCCUCCUCGCCAGGGAGGCCAACAACACAAAGGGCACUGCUGGCCCUCCUGGUGGUGCUGUGUUAUCCGGUUGGAUACCGGUCUUCGAUACGAUGCACGGCAUCCGAGGAGAGCUGAACGUCAUCGUGAAGGUGGAACUAUUCUCGGACUUCAACAAGUACAAGACCUCCAGCUGCGGUGUCCAGUUCUUCCACUGUCCGAUGAUUCCCCCUGGUUACCGGGCGAGUUCUAUCCAUGGGUUUGUAGAAGAGUUGGUUGUUAACGAUGACCCGGAAUACCAGUGGAUUGACAAAAUCAGGACACCACGAGCCUCCAAUGAAGCUCGACAGGUUGCUUUCAUCAAUCUCAGUAACCAGGUGCAGCGACUAGUCGGUCUGAAAGCAGCCGAACUCGGUGCCAAUGCCGUAGUGGGAUACCAGCAAGACUUCGACCUAGAAGGAGAGGCGGGCGUCGUCGCCAGAGCUAUCGGUACUGCAGUAAGCAUCACUCCAUUGCCACUGCCUUGUCAACCGUCAAAUAUUCCGCCGUGCACACAACAGUGCGAGCGGGACAGGGAUAAGGGAGAGAAAGAGAAGGGGUCCCCGCGUCACGCGCGCCACGAGUCGUACGGCAGUCGGGAGCCGGUGAUUACGGCGCACGCGCAGAACUCAUCCUUAAACGCAUCGUCCACUCCGUUGGGGAUACAUCGCAGGUCGUCCGAUUCUGAUCUCAGUGUUACACCUAAAGGGAGCUCUCUAAACACAUCGGCCGCGAUCACAGGAAGCGGUGGUGGCGCCAUCUUGCGUCCUUCGAUGAACAGUAAUAACCUAGAAAUGUUGGAAUACCCUUUCCUGACCAUGACAGAAUAUCCGCCAGGAUUUAUUGUACACAUUGGGGGCACAGUUUGCGCUCGAUCGGUUAAGCUAGUGGACGGCGGGGGCGAGAGUGCGGCCCGUGCUGCGUGGUGGGCCGAGCUCAGGACCGAACUCAGGGCGCACGCCAGGGCGCUGCGGUGCAACGCGGUCAUCGCAUACACUGACACCGCGGCGAUAUGCGAGGAUGUUUGCGUGCUGUCCGCGUCCGGUACAGCAGCUGUCAUUAACCUGGACUGCGAUUUCAAUGCUGAGAUUGACGCCGCUGUUGCGGUGGCGAACGGCACUAAAGGUACCAUAGAGGAAGUGGAGACGGAUUCUUGUUCGGUGGCGCACGUGCCGUAUUCCCCGGGCGCGGGGCCCUACAGGGCCGAACUGUCCACCUGCGGGGGCUGCAGACGCGCCAGAGUGCCGGCCGUACUACUAGCAACGUGUUCCAAACCGAACAAAUUACUUUCCUAUCCUAAAGCGGUCACUCUCACUGCUGUCGCGGCCCGCACCCGUCGAGCGGCGCCUACUUCUGAGCCAGGAGCCAGAGACAUUUCCGACCAGCUACCCUUCCUGGAGUACGAGCUGCACAAGCUGCUGCUGGCCAAACUGAGGAUGCAGGGUGCGAACGCACUAUUCAACUUACAAACUCAAAUCACAAUCGGGGAACGCUGCGUGAUGGCGCUAGCCAGCGGCACCGCCGUCAGACUCAGCGCCUUGCCGCCGCCCGCGCCGCCUCGCAUUAAGGCUAUAGAAAAUGAUAAAGAGGCGUUGGAAAUACAAAAAGCGUUGUGGGACUCGUUCACAGCCAACAAAGUAGCUAACGGAUAUGAUGUAGGUGGUCCAGAACACAACGCUAACGGUGCUCUUCCUGAAAUAGAAGGUGAAGAGCCACCAGCGUUAGAUUUAUGCGCUGAUAAAGAUGCCUGUGUUCUGGAACUGGACGAAGCUGAAGAUGUGGAAACAGCUCGUACUUUAGCAACCCGUCGUCUGCAUACUCGUUUACAAGUUUUCACCAACGCACUUAAACCACUGAAGGGUGCUCCUCCAUAUGCAUUUACUCAGGUCUGGCGAGGUAAAAUCUCCACCGGGGGAAGUAGUGGGGGAGUGAGGAGCGCAGGGGAGAGACAAGUGGGUCGAGCUUUAGACGCGCUCGCUUAUAAGCUGAGGCGAUUACAACCCGCUGCUUUGUUAGCCGCAUCUUUCCGCCUCGAUCUGCCUGAUGACGAAAUUCAACUAGUAGUAUCUGGAGCAGCGACUAGACUACAGGACCCUAACAAACCAGAGCCAUCGGAAAACGGUCACUCUGGUCAAUCCAGUCAAUCGGGUCAGACGAGUCACAUAGGACAGACUACUCACUCGGGCCAGACGAGUCACAGUAACGGGAAUGGUGACGCUGAUGAUGAGAUUUUUACGCUAGAUGAAGAGCAACUGGUCAAAUCCACUCAUUCGGAGCCUGCUGAAGAAAAGACUGUUGUUAAUGGACAGGUGCCGACUACGGUGUCUCUCACGUCACUCUGCUACGUGUCGGGCGCGCGCGUGGUCCGCAGAGUGUGCGCGCUGAGGCUGCUGUUCGUUAGGGAAACCACCACCGUACGAGAACUGGGCGGCCUCAGCGGGUUCCUGCAUACCUUCACUAGCGAGGUUUUAGCGAUAGUGCGAGCUUACACGGCGGCUUUGGGCGGGAACGCUCUCACAUCGUUCUAUAUUACGCAGCUCAUGUUACAGGACAACGCGCAUAAAAACCAGGGUCAAUGUCUCCUAUCUGUCGGAGGCGAUGUGGUACAUAUUACGUAUUAA